AGUGCAGGCUGUUGCUGCUGGUGGUCCUGCGGCGCGGCUCUGCGACAUCAGGUCCCUAAAGGUUGUCACAAUGGCUGAAAAUGGUGAUAAUGAAAAAAUGGCUGCCCUAGAGGCCAAAAUCUGUCAUCAAAUUGAGUAUUAUUUUGGCGACUUUAAUUUGCCACGGGACAAGUUUUUAAAGGAACAGAUAAAACUGGAUGAAGGCUGGGUACCUUUGGAGAUAAUGAUAAAAUUCAAUAGGUUAAACCGUCUAACAACAGACUUUAAUGUAAUAGUUGAAGCAUUGAGCAAAUCUAAGGCAGAACUCAUGGAAAUAAGUGAAGAUAAAACUAAAAUCAGAAGAUCUCCAAGUAAACCUCUCCCUGAAGUGACUGACGAGUAUAAAAAUGAUGUAAAAAACAGAUCCGUUUAUAUUAAAGGCUUCCCAACGGAUGCAACCCUUGAUGACAUAAAAGAAUGGUUGGAAGGUAAAGGUCAAGUACUAAAUAUUCAGAUGAGAAGAACAUGGCACAAAGCAUUUAAGGGAUCAAUAUUUCCUGUGUUUGAUAGCAUUGAAUCUGCUAAGAAGUUUGUAGAGACUCCUGGCCAGAAAUACAAAGACACAGACCUGCUAAUACUUUUCAAGGAAGAUUACUUUGCAAAAAAGAAUGAAGAAAGAAAGCAACAUAAAGUGGAAGCUAAAUUAAGAGCUAAACAAGAGCAAGAAGAAAAACAGAAGUUGGCAGAAGAUGCUGAAAUGAAAUCUCUAGAAGAAAAGAUUGGAUGCUUGCUGAAAUUUUCGGGUGACUUAGAUGAUCAGACCUGUAGAGAAGAUUUGCACAUCCUUUUUUCAAGUCAUGGUGAAAUAAAAUGGAUAGACUUUGUCAGAGGAGCAAAAGAGGGAAUAAUCCUAUUUAAAGAAAAAGCUAAAGAAGCACUGGAUAAAGCCCAAGAUGCAAAUAAUGGUAACCUACAAUUAAGAAACAAAGAUGUGACUUGGGAAGUAUUAGAAGGAGAGAUGGAGAAAGAUGCAUUGGAAAAAAUCAUAGAAGAUCAACAAGAAUCCCUAAACAAAUGGAAAUCAAAAGGUUGUCGAUUUAAAGGAAAAGGAAAGGGAAAUAAAGCUGCUCAGGCUGGGUCUGCUAAAGGAAAAGUACAGUUUCAGGGCAAGAAAACUGAGUUUGAUAGUGAUGAUGAACGUAAUGAAAAUGGUGCUGCUGGAACAGUGAAAAGAGCAAGAGAAGAAGCAGACAAGGAAGAACCUGCAUCAAAACAACAGAAAACAGAAAAUGGUGCUGGAGACCAGUAGCUUAGGAAACAAAAUUUUUAUUCAUUUUAAUUAGAUUUUAAGCUGCUUUUGUCUUUGGAGUUUUUAAAGAGAAAACCGAAUUAGGUCCACUUCAAUAUCCACCUGUAAGAAAGGAAAGAUUUUUUUUUUUUGUCUUUUUGUUUUGUUUUGUUAUCCACUUAAGUUUUUUUUAAUGUAUAUUUCUGUUUGUGUUAUUUCAGAUGGUUCAAAUAUCAAAGGGAAGUUUCUUCCACUAAAUUGCCUUUGUAAUAUGAGACUGUGUUAGUAC